CACAGAAACUUUGCCUGCAGAAUCAGAGACACGAACACUUGUUGUCAGCACUCAGCCUGCGUCUAGCAAGUUUGUUCUCAGCCAUCAGAUGGAGCUCUAUCCGUGUUCCUCAAGAAGACACCUCCAAGGUGACCACUCUGUAUUGCCCUCCUCUGUGCUGUUUGCUGCCGGCCUUCUAGGUAACAUCAUUGCCCUCAUCAUUCUCUGGCAACACAAGCUAAAUGUGAAGACCACAAAGAGUUCUGUUUUCUACAUACUGGUAACAGGACUCACCAUCGUCAAUCUCACGGGGAAGAUCAUUGUGUGCCCAGUUGUAAUAGCUGCCUAUUCUAAAAAUGAAACUUUAUUCCAGUUGACGGACAAUCAAAGCCUGUGCCAGUUUUUUGCCUUCUGCAUGACUUUAUUUGGCCUGGCACCCACCCUCAUCCUCUUGGCCAUGGCUGUCGACUGUUGGCUUGCCCUAGCCUAUCCGUUCACUUAUCAGAGAUACAUCACCAACAAAGUUGGGCUCCUGGUCCCUUUUGUGUUCUGUGUCUUUAGCCUGGGCUUUUGUUCGUUGCCUUUUUUUGGCAUUGGGAGGUUUGUGCAGUAUUGUCCUGGCACCUGGUGUUUUAUCGAAAUGACCAUGAGGGACUCGGCUCCUAUGGAUCGCAUGUACUCCAUUCUCUAUGGUACAAUUAUGGGACUAGUAGUAAUAGGCAUCAUUGUAUUCAAUAUGGCCAUCAUGAGAUGUCUCUAUAUAAUGUACCAAAAAAAGAACAAGAGGACCGUUGCUGGUGCCAUUGUCGGCAACAAAGGGAUGGAUGGGAGCCAAGCUCGGAUGAAGGAGAUGGACCAUCUCAUUCUGCUAGCAGUCAUGACUGUUAUAUUUGCAGUCUGCUCGCUGCCUCUGACUGCCCGGGUUUACGUUGGAGUAUUUACUGACAAGCACAACGAAUAUUACGAUCUUAUCGUUCUGAGGCUGGUCUCUAUGAACUCCGUGGUGGAUCCGUGGAUUUUUAUUAUCUGCCGAACUUCACAUUUUCACCGCCACCUUGGCGUUCUGUGUAACAAGCUGCGCGCCAAGACCGACGUGAGAGCGCAUUUUCUGCAGCAGACUGUAAGCCUCUGAUUGAAUGAACUUCACACAUGCGCAGUGUGCUCAGCUCCUUACUGAACUGUGGAUGUGUUCU